CUCUUUCUUCAUCUUCCUAUAAAUUCAAAACCAUUCACAAAUUCUCAGUCUGUUGCAGAGAGAAAAAUAAGAGAGAGAAAGAGGGUUUUUGAAUAAAAUCCUAAAACCCUUUCUUCUUCCUUUUAAUCAUGCUUCUCAGAACUGCAUCAACUCCAAUUCUCAAUCCAUGGAAACCCCAUUUGAAAGAAUCUUCGGCGGAGACGGAAAUCAUCCACCAAUUUCCUAAAUCACGGCCCCUCACACUCUCUGUUUCUUCGAAACUUUUGCCGCCGCCACCGAUGAUUGGGGGUCCGGCGAUCAAGGUGAUGCGAACUCUCUCGGAGUCCGAUUUGGGUUACCUUUCAGUGGUGGGGAAGAGGAAUCCGAGAAUGGCGUUUUUGGAUGGGAGAUUGGGCUGUGGUGUCGACAAUGUCGGGGAGAGUUCCGAUUGCUGUGGCGAUGGCAAUGGCGAUGUUUCGGAUGGUGGCGUUUAUGAUUGUUUUAGUUUUUGGGAUUCGGAUAGUCAGAACGCGAAUGCGUUGACAAAGACGGAUUUGCUUUAUCAGAGGAUGAUAGAGGCGAACCCUAAGAGUUCGUUGAUACUAGGCAAUUAUGCUCAGUUCUUGAAGGAGGUUCUUGGAGACCUGAUAAAAGCUGAAGAUUAUUGUGGAAGAGCAAUGUUAGCAAAUCCCAAUGAUGGAAAUGUGAUAUCAAUGUAUGCUGAUUUGAUAUGGAGUAAUCAUAAGGAUGCCUCCCGAGCUGAGCAUUACCAUCUUGAAGCUACUAAAACUUCCCCUGAUAAUAGUUUUGUUUUUGCCUCUUAUGCACGUUUCCUCUGGGAAACCGAAGAUGAAGUCGACGACGAAGAUGUGGAAUCAACAGCUUUGGCUUGCCUCAACUCAGUCCUCUAACUCCUUCUUAGUUUCUCUCUCAAGUACCUUCAUUCAUUCAUAGUGCAUAUCUUCUUAGAUAGUUUUUUUUUUUUUAACCAUGAAAGCGUAAUAAGUAUGCUCACAGAAAGCUCUAGUGAUUUUCUUUUUCCCUCACCAAUUUGAUUCUCAAGUUGUUCUUUGUAUACGCAAUGCAACUAAUAAGGAAUAUCCCAAUUUGCAAAGAA